ACAAGCUCACUACUACUUGUCGUCCUUCCUCCUUCCUCUUGUUCUCUCCUCUUGCCUCCUCAAACAACAAACACCCCCCUUCUAGAUUAUGAAGAAAUGUGAGCUCUGCAGCUCUCCUGCAAAACUCUUCUGCGAAUCAGACCAAGCUGAUCUCUGUUGGGUCUGUGAUUCCAAGGUUCACUCUGCUAAUCUCCUUGUAACAAAACACUCCAGAAUCCUACUCUGCCAUGUCUGUCAAUCCUUAACUCCUUGGCGUGGCUCUGGACCCAAGUUUGUUCCCACCAUGUCUGUUUGUGAAGAUUGUGCCAGAACCAAGAAUGAGGGACUGAGACAACAGAAUGACCAUGACGGUGGCGGUCAUGGCGGCGGGGAAGAUGAAGACGAAAAUGAUGACGACGGAGAGGAAGAAGAGGAAAUCAGAGAAGAAGAAGAAGAUGAAGAUGAUGAUGAUGAUGAAGAAAAUCAAGUGGUUCCAUGGAAAUGUACGCCGCCACCUCCAGUUUCAAGUUCUUGAUACAGUUCGAACAAUUCUUCGCGGUUCUCCGACUAGUUUUCUUGUCUUCUAAUCUUGUAAAUCUUUGAUUACUACUCUGUUCCUAACAUUCUCUGUUUCUUCCUCUGUUUUCCCUCGGUUUUUUCCCCACUUCUCUGUGUUUCUGGCAGUUUAUGCCAUUUCCAUGGAAAAUUAUAGGCCAAGUAAAACCAGAAAGAAUUAAGCCAAUAAGAGAAAGAAUAACAUGUUUUGAUUAGCAAUAGGCUAGACUAAAGAGAAACUUCCUGUACAAUUCAUCUGCUAAUGUCAAUACUUUAAACUGUGAUCGUCACUCUCGUGAAACA